AUGUCGGGUAGACUCCAUGUCGCCGCGUCCUUUGACCUUCGAUGUCCCGCUCUGAGGACGGACAUUGGUAACGACUUGCCCUUUGGAGAGCUCAGGACUGAAGACCAGGAGCCGACUUUCACUGCCGUGUACGAAUUCGACCUCAUCCGGAUGGACUCAUUGCCAAUUACCUACUCCACGCUGCAUCUCAUCCCUCCCAGGGCGGAUGCUCGCUGUCUCUGA